AUGCUCACGCGUGCCAGAACUCAGCCCUUGGUGGCUCCCCUAACGCCACCCAAAGCAACUCGUAGUGGGAGCAAGCGUGCCUCGCCGUCCACGAAUGUCAUCACACCGCUUGCCACCCCACGGACCCCACCGCCUUCGGCUCGUAAGCGUCGCAAGACCGACGAGGCCCCUCCCACUGCAGCACCAAACAAUACUAUGGGAUCCGAGCCCGCUGCUCGAGAAGAAGUUUCGACGGUGUUGCUGCACCCGCCUUUGGCAUUCUCGUUCGAGGAGGCCACAGCACAUCUGCACUCGAUCGAUCAGCGCUGGGGUCCGGUCAUUCAGUCCUUGCGGUGCAAGCCAUUCCAGCCUUCGGAAGCAGAGGAUAUUUUUGAUCCAUUCAGAUCCCUGGUGAGUUGACUUGAACCAUUUCCAAGAUUAUCGUUCCUAUUCUCCCCAUGCAUGGAUUUCUGACAAAAUGUUACUUGCCGGAUGCGCUUGGACACGCAGGUCAGCUCCAUCAUUGGCCAACAAGUGUCAUGGCUCGCCGCUCGAUCGAUCCUCCACAAAUUCCAGCGCGUCUUCUUCCCUACUUUGCCGGAGAAGCUCGAGCGGCCCCAAGCAGGUCUUGAGACCGAAGAAGAGCUGAGGCAACGUACUUCGCCCUUCCCGACCCCGCAGCAAGUCAUCGAUCUGCCGAACCGCACGGAAACCUUGCGUGGCGCCGGCUUGAGCGGGCGAAAGGCCGAAUACGUCGUCGAGCUGUCGGAAAGGUUCGUUGAUGGUCGACUGAAUGCCAAAGAGCUAUGGUCGAUGGACGAUGAAGAAGAAGUGGAGCGAACGCUUGUCGCUUGUCGAGGGAUCGGCGUGUGGACGGCCCACAUGUUUCAAAUAUUCUCGAUGAAGAGGCCGAACGUCAUCCCCGUGGGUGAUUUGGGUGAGCGGAAUAUGAUGGCUAUCCAUGUCCUUUCAAACCGUGUUUAGGCUAACCAGGUGACGUAACGUUUCACUCGAUCAGGCAUCCAAAAAGCGCUGUGCAAGUGGUAUUCAUCGGACCCGUUCACGGCUCCACUCUUGCACCCGAAGAAGCUUUCCGGCGCAGAUCCUUCAACUCCCAAGCCCGAGCUCGAGUCCGAGUCCACGGCUGCCCUUCUUUCACUGCCAGUGAUUCCAGCUUCUCCUAGCAUCAGCGCCGGUAGGGCGCCUGCAGAUGGGUCAAACCCUUUCGAAACGCCCAAGAAACAGCCGGUCAAACUCGAAGACGCUUAUCCGAGUCCCCGAGCGACCCCCCUCAGAGCUUUGGCAGCGCCCAUCACCACACCAUUCGUCUUUCCUCCAACAACCUCGGGCUUGACUCCGGCAAUCCUGAAGAUGCGUCUGGCCGGCAAAAAGAUCAAGUGCGUCGAUUCCCCUUCACUUUCCUCACUCGGAAGUCCAUUGUGCGAGAUAUGCUGAUGCCGCGCCUUGGACCUCGCAGGGGAGCAUACUUGACUCCACAGGAAGUGCGAGAGCUGUGUCAGCCUUGGGAACCGUAUUGUAGUGUCGCCAUGUGGUAUCUUUGGGCUGUCCUGUCCGAUGUCUGA